GGGAGGCCAGGCAGGGUCUCCGGGCUGGGAAGAAGCCCCCCAAGAUGGGACAGGGCUUCCUGGCUGGAGGAGGUCCUCGUGGGCCAGGACUACGGGCCGGAUCAGCAUUACUUCGGGUUCGCCUUUUGCCUCUCGGCCAUCAUGAGCUCCAGCCACAGGAAGGGCCAGCCGGUGAUGCUCAAGCCCAGGCCUCUUGGCCUGAAAGAAGGUCUAGCAGAAAUGUACCAGGAAGGGCUGCUCUGUGACGUCUUCCUCGUCGCGGACGGACAGAGGUUCCCUUGCCACAGAGCCCUGCUGGCGGCCAUCAGCCCCUACUUUCAGGAUAUUUUCAUCAACAGCUGGAAAGAGUCGGACGGGAAAGAGGUCCUGCUUCAGGACGUGACGCCGCCCGUCGUCCAGAACAUCCUGAAAUACAUCUACACGGAAGAAUUGGUACUCACGCCUGAGCUGGCCCCAUUCCUGUUCGCGGGAGCCAGCAAGCUGCAGAUUCCCCCCAUGCAGAACCUCUGCUGCAGGUUCCUCAUCACACACAUCUCGGUGCAGAACUGCUUCGAGAUGUACUCCUUGGCCCGUGCCCACGAGAACAGCGAUUUGCUUCAGGCCACCGUCCAGUUCCUCAUCCGCAAUUUCAACGAGGUCUUUGAGGAAGAGGGUUUCCUCCAGCUGGAAUUCGCCACGCUGGUGGCCAUGAUCUCCUCCGGCAACUUGGCAGCCACGUCGGAGCUCCAGGUCUACCAGGCCGUGCGGCGGUGGGUGCAGGGGCAACCUCGUGUACGGGGCCCACUGCUCGGCCAACUGAUGCAACACGUGCGCUUCCCGCUCCUGAGCCCCACCGAGCAAGAGGAGCUCCAGACGGACUUGGAGGCCCGGAAGGACCUCAAACUGGAGUGGAAACUCCUGGAUGGCGAGGAGAGGCUGAGUCAGAGCAAGGGGCUGCGGCGGGGCAUGUACAAGCCGUACAUCGCUUGCGUUGACACCCAGUUGUGCGAGUUCCAAAGCUUGGAGGCCGACGAGGCGCACAUGGCCUGCUACAAUGUGUCGGCCGAGCUGUGGGAGAGGCUCCCCGGCCUGCAGUCCUUGACGCACGCUUCCUGCACCUCUGCCGGGGACACAAUCUACGUCUCGGGGGGCGUUUACCGCAGCUCUUAUUCCUCCGCCGUGCACGAGUUCAGCUCCUUCCGAAGCCAGUGGUGUCCGCUUCCUCCCAUGGCCGUGGCGAGAGCGGCGCACGGCUUCCUCUGCCACAACCAGAAGCUGUACGUCCUAGGCGGCUGGCGCAAGUACCACAGCUUCCUCAACUCCACGGAGAGCCUGGACUUGGCCACGGGAAAGUGGACUGCGAUUGCGCGACUCCCCUUCCCGCUGAGCCACUCGGCGUCGAGCGUCUUCCGAGACAAGUUGUACCUGCUGGGCGGCGCACGGGACAUCACGUCCGGGUGGUUGUUCCACCGCGGGAUCCUGAUCUACACGAUCAGCUCUGACGAGUGGACUCAGGUGCCUCUCUCGACUGGCUUCCUUGCCGCGGGAGCUGUGGCCGGGGACCACGGGAUCUACGUGAUUGGGGGAUACUCGGAGAAGAAGAACUGGGCGGAAGAGAACCAGGUGGAGAACCGCCGCAGCAGCCGCCGGUGUUUCUUCGUCAACGAAGCGGGCCGGGUGAGCCGCAGCUUCGCCAUCCCGAAACUUCCCCGCGGGAUCGCCAACGCAGGGGUCGUUUACUGCGGCAGAAGGAUCUACGUGCUUGGCGGGGAGGAUCUGACCCAACGCUACAAGGCCGUUUACCGCUGGGAACCCGGCGAACCUCGCUGGCAUCGGGGCGCGAAGGAAAUCCCGGUUCCCCGGGAGGGCAUGAGCUCGUUCGCAUGUGCGCUCCUCUUGCGGCCCAAGCCACGCUUCGCGCAGCUUUUCCAAGUCUCUGCUCUCGUUCCGGUAGCAGCUGCCUCCAAGUAGCUGCUAAAACCAUGUGUAAAUAUAUUAUAAUAAAUUUACAAACGGCGGACAACGAUCUCUUGUGAGACGGAGCCUGCCAACUUGCGUGUGGCAGCCUUCACAAGCGCCCAACGAUUAUUGAAAUAAGCCGAUAAGACUGUGGUCAAUAUGAUACUACGCCGCAAUAGCGCUCUACCCAGAAAUUGAAACGAUCAGAUAAGACUGUGUUUAAUAUCACAUUAUGAUGAAAUAGUAGUACUGCGAGCAAUGGAAAUAAACAGAUAAGACUGCG